AUGCGUUCUCACCUCUCUAGCAUGGCCAUCGCCAUGGUGUCCGUGGCAGGUGCUGUCACACUUGGUCCUCGAGACAUCCCCAACGAGAUCAUCUACAUGUCCAACUGCGAUACGAAAGGAGUACUUUCCAGCGAGAUGUCUUACUACAAAGACUACACAAACUCCAGGGCAGGACAACAGCCUGAAGAUAUCGCGGUGUUGAACAACCUCGGGACCGUUGUUUGGGAGGCUCCAGUGGGCGGCAACUUCAAGUCGGGCGUCUCAUUCACCGCAAAAGGAUUAGAUAUCAACAAGAACCCUGGAGAGCAGUGCGGAUCUGGAAGCAACGGUUUUGCAAGCUUCACCUGCUUCAGGGAGCAAGACGUGCUCCUAUACCGCGACGGCGACAAGACAUGCAACAAGAUCUACUCUUGCUCCCACUCCAACCACGUCGAAUGGACCCAGACCCAAGCCUCCCUAUCGAGCGACAUCGUCAAGAUCAAAGACGGGCACAGCGGCACCGACGCCUUCAACACGAUCUUCUCCGUCAUCUCCGGGAACCACUGCAGCGAUGCUCCGCAAGACAUCGGUGGAAAGUGCCACAUCAGCUUCACGUGCCAAGCUCCCAGCGACGAGAUCCUCGCCGCCAUGGCGAACUACCUCGUCCAAGCCGUAGGGCCACCAAUUCAUCCCGAGACUGUGGUCACUCCCCCAACCUGUAGUGGCAGCAUCGCUUGUCUUAGGGAAGCUCUCACCCCUUGCUGCAGUCAAAAGGUUGAUCAAGUCGCUUCGUUCCCUUCCACCGGGAAGAUCGAUGUCUUUAAUCGGUUCGCGGAUGAUCCGACGCAUCCGAGUCUGCAGGCCUCUUUGUCGUACCAAGUUACAUGUCCAGCUCCCCCCAAGUGCGACUUGGCAAUCUGUGGCUUCUUUGCUGGUGCGAUUGGUGCCAUCCCGGGCUUUGGUAUUCUGGGUCUCAUUGGGGCUGCUGUGUGUCUUGAUUGCAGGUGA